GCAGCGAUCUUUUUCUAUUCCUAUAUUUUUCGCCUUUUCAACUCGUUUACGCACUCCUCUACAAUAUACAAUAACAUAUUUCUAUAUCCAUGGCAAACUUCCACUAAUGACAUUUGAAAAGGGUUUGAUGAUAUUUUACUAAAUUUAACGUAACACGUGUGAAUAAUAUUGAAUUUAAAUGUCGUCUACUUUUAACAGCUGUUAGUCUAGCCUAUAAUUAAAAAGUAGAAACAAAAUCGAUAUAAAUUAAAAAAUAAAAUUAGAAAUUCGUAUGUUGCGAAUAAAUAAUUGAUAUACAUUACCUCAAAGGAGAAUUGCAUUAAUUAUCACCUUAAUUAUAUGAAAGCCAAUAUAUAUUUGUGUAUAUUAAAUAAUAUACGAGACAAUAAGCACAAUAGUAAUUACACUGAAAAAAAUGUUAGUAAAUUAAGAUGUGUGUGAUCAAAUUAAGCGAUGGUUUGGUUGAAAAUAUUUUGUUACAUUAAUUGAUAUAAAACAUUGUAAAAAAGCACGUGGCAAAUCAAUUCGUUAAAUUUUAUAGUGUUUUAAAAACUAAAAAAUGAAUUUUUAUUUUCUCAUGAUGCGUAUGGUAUUCUCAUUAAAUAUGUUGCUUGUAAUAGUCAUAUGUAAAAUAUUAUGUAUAUUUAUUAUCUUACCUAUUUUAUUAAUAACAUGGAGAAAGCAAUAUUCCAAAAGUCGAAUGGAAAGAUCACACAAGGAAACAGUUGUAGGUUUCUUUCAUCCGUAUUGUAAUUCAGGUGGAGGAGGUGAAAGAGUACUUUGGGCUGCUGUGAGUGCUAUACAAACCAGAUACCCUAAUGUAUGCAUAGUUAUUUAUACUGGGGAUCUUGAUGCACAUCCAGAACAAAUUUUAAAUAAAGCAGAAAAAGUAUUUAAUUAUAAAAUUGAGCAUAAAAUUGAAUUUGUAUACUUACAUAGGCGCAAAUGGGUGGAACCUUCAAUGUAUCCAUAUUUUACACUUUUAGGACAGAGUUUGGGAUCAAUUUGGUUAGGUAUUGAAGCUUUAAAUAGUUUUGUACCAGACAUUUACAUCGAUACCAUGGGUUAUGCAUUUACAUAUCCAUUAUUUAAAUAUAUUGGUGGGUGUAGAGUAGCAACAUAUACUCACUACCCCACAAUUUCAACUGAUAUGUUGAGACAUGUUUAUAGAAGAGUUAUCUCUCAUACUAAUAAAAGAGUUAUAGCUAGAAAUCCAUUUUUAUCGGCAGCUAAACUUGUUUAUUAUAAAUUAUUUGGACUUAUAUAUGGUUGGGUUGGCAGUAGGGCAGAAAUUGUAAUGGUUAAUUCCUCAUGGACCGAAGAACAUAUUAAUACAAUUUGGAAAUGUCCAUUGAAAACUCAUAAAAUUUAUCCACCUUGCAAUGUAAAGCACUUAACAUCACUGCCACUUAUCAAUGAUGAUGAAAAAUGUAAUAAUAUUCGUAUAAUAUCAGUCGCACAAUUUAGACCAGAAAAGAAUCAUCCAUUAAUGUUGAGAACCAUGUAUGAACUUAGAUCAAUCGUUAAAGAAGAGAUUUGGGAAAAAAUUCGUUUAAUUCUUAUUGGUUCUUGUCGAAAUUUUGAAGAUGAAGUACGCAUGAAAGAUAUGAAGGAUUUAUCAAAACAUUUUGCAUUAGAUGAAAAUGUAGAAUUUAAACUAAACAUACCAUACUCGGAACUUCUAUCGGAACUUCAACGAGCAAUGAUAGGUUUACAUACAAUGUGGAAUGAACAUUUUGGUAUAAGCAUUGUUGAAUGUAUGGCAGCUGGAUUAAUUGUAGUAGCUCAUGGUUCUGGUGGACCAAGGGCUGAUAUAAUAGAAACACAACCAGGGUCUCAAAAUGGAUUUUUAGCUACAGAAGCUGAAGAAUAUGCAAAGAUUAUGGCACAUAUUAUCAACAUGCAUCCAGAAGAUAGAAAUGCCAUUAGGACAGUUGCUAGAGCAUCUGUAGAUCGGUUUUCGGACGAAAUGUUUGAAAGAGAAUUCUUACGAACUAUAGAACCAUUUUUUAGACAAAAACAGGAAUGAUAAUUCUUAUUAAAAUAUUUAUUAUGAUUA